AGUUUGAAUUCUUGAACCUGUUCAAAAAUGGCGAAUUGCCAUGUAUUUUGCAGCUCAAUCAACCCAACAACAACACUCCACUCAAAAACCCAGUUCCCAAUCGAAUUCCUUCACUCAGUUCACUCAAAAAUCCAUCAUCCCAAAUGUAAAGAAAGUGGGUCGUCGUUCAAGAAGAUUAGCCUUUCUUCGAAAGUUAAAGCGGUAGCGAUGGAAGCGCCGCCGCGGGAGACGGCGGAGCAGGGUGGGGGUUCUUUGGGUGAGAAGAAGAAGAACGUAAGAGUACUGGUGGCAGGCGGUGGGAUUGGGGGGCUGGUGUUUGCUUUGGCGGCAAAGAGGAGAGGGUUUUCAGUGGUGGUUUUUGAGAGAGAUUUGAGUGCGAUUAGAGGUGAAGGACAGUAUAGAGGUCCGAUUCAGAUUCAAAGUAAUGCUUUGGCUGCUUUGGAAGCCAUUGAUGUGGAGGUUGCUGAUGAAGUUAUGAAGGCUGGUUGCAUCACUGGUCAAAGGAUUAAUGGAUUGGUUGAUGGUGUUUCUGGUAAUUGGUAUAUCAAGUUUGAUACAUUCACUCCUGCAGUGGAACGGGGCCUUCCAGUUACCCGAGUUAUAAGCCGAAUGACCUUACAAAAGAUUCUAGCCGAUGCUGUUGGAGAAGAUAUCAUUUUGAAUGGUAGCAAUGUAGUAAACUUCGAAGAUCAUGGUGACAAGGUUUCUGUGACUCUUGAAAAUGGAGAACAAUUCGAAGGCGAUCUUCUAGUUGGUGCCGAUGGAAUAUGGUCAAAGGUACGAAAGAAUUUGUUUGGGCCGAAGGAUGUCACAUACUCGGGCUACACCUGUUAUACUGGGAUUGCUGAUUUUAUACCCGCUGAUAUCACUAGUGUUGGGUAUCGGGUGUUCUUAGGACACAAACAAUACUUUGUUUCUUCUGAUGUUGGUGGCGGAAAGAUGCAAUGGUAUGCAUUUCACAACGAACCAGCUGGUGGUUCUGAUAAAGCCGAUGGUAAAAAGGAACGAUUACUUGAAAUCUUUGGAGGUUGGUGUGAUAAUGUGGUGGAUUUGUUGCUUGCCACGGAUGAAGAUGCAAUUUUAAGGCGAGAUAUAUAUGAUCGCACCCCAAAAUUUACGUGGGGAAGGGGUCGUGUAACCUUGCUUGGAGACUCGGUCCACGCAAUGCAGCCUAACUUGGGUCAAGGAGGGUGCAUGGCAAUUGAGGAUAGCUAUCAACUAGCGCUUGAGCUUGAUAAAGCGUGGAGGCAAGGCACCGAGUCAGGAGCUCCUAUAGAUGUCGUUUCUUCUCUAAGGAGAUAUGAAGAUGCCAGAAGACUUCGAGUUGCAGUUAUUCACGGAUUGGCAAGAAUGGCUGCAAUAAUGGCCUCAACUUACAAGGCUUAUUUGGGCGUCGGGCUUGGCCCAUUGUCGUUUUUAACAAACUUCAGAAUACCGCAUCCUGGACGAGUUGGUGGAAGAUUUUUCAUUGAUAUUGGAAUGCCAUUGAUGCUUAGUUGGGUUCUUGGUGGCAAUGGCUCAAAGCUUGAAGGGAGACCACAACAAUGCAGACUUACUGAUAAAGCAAACGAUGAACUGCAAAACUGGUUUAGAGAUGAUGAUGCUUUGGAGCGUGCUCUUAGUGGCGAUUGGUUUUUGCUUCCGGUUGGAAGUCAGAAUGCUGAUUCCGCGCCUAUCUCAUUAAGCCGUGACGAGAAAAUACCCUGCAUUGUUGGGAGCAUACCACAUACGAGUAUUCCUGGAAAUUCGAUAGUCAUCUCGUCACCAGAGAUUUCAAAACUACAUGCUCGAAUAAGCUGCAAAGAUGGCGCCUUUUUUGUGACGGAUUUAAGGAGUGAAAAUGGUACCUAUAUCACCGAUAACGAGGAUAGGCGAUAUCGGGUUCCUCCAAACUCCCCAGCUCGUUUUCAUCCAUCAGAUGUCCUCGAGUUUGGCCCAAAUAAGAAGGUAGCAUUUCGGGUAAAAGUGAUGAGAUCGCCACCACCAAAGAUUGCGGAGGAGGAGGAUGGGAGUCGGAUUCUCCAGACGGCAUGAGAAUUUUUCGACCCAAGAAUGCGGGUUUUCCGAUUAUACUAUUAUGUGAAAAUUGUACAGCAUUGUAGCAUUUACACAGACAACAACACACAAAAGGGCUAGAGAUUUUGGGCUUUUUUGAAUUUGUAGCAAGUUGUGAAUUCUAGUAAUGUAUAGAUACAUAUAAAGAUGUUGCAAGAAAUGAAAACCAUUUUUGCUGCCA